AUGUCCGAGAUGGUCGCUAAGCUGGACGUCUCCGCGCGGCCAUUCAGGUACUCGACCGAGUGGUCACUCAACGGGGUGCGUACAGCGGGCUCGGUCGGCAGACACGGUGGUUCGAGCGAGAACAAAUACUGGCAGAACGGCAUCUCGGCCCGCACUGUCUGCGACGGCGCCAUGCCCAUCCUCUGCGAAAAGCGCCUCGGCGUUAUCGGUGGCGGCAACUUGGUCGCCAAGGAGGCCAUGUUCCUAAUACUGUACGGCAGCCGCGGUGCUGUUUAA